CGGAGAGCUGGAGGAGCCGGUAGCGCGCGCGCGCGCGCGCGCGCUGUCGCUCCGGUACCGGAGAGCAGGAGGAGCCGGCAGUUGAGUGCUCGGUGCCGGAGUUUGCAGUAGCAGCAGCAGCAGCAGCCACAACAAAAACAAUAAACAGACGCGGCUUGGGCCCAUUUGGAGAGAAUGAGCCUGAGGAGCAGAAGCUCAGUGGGAGCAUGCAGUCAGAUGAGGGAACAGAGUGGCUUCUUGAACUUCUCACCGAGGUGCAAUUGCAGCAGUAUUUCCUCCGCAUCCGUGAUGACCUCAAUGUUACUCGGCUCUCCCACUUUGACUAUGUGAAAAAUGAGGACCUUGAGAAAAUUGGAAUGGGCCGCCCUGGCCAGAGGAGGUUAUGGGAAGCUGUAAAGCGAAGGAGAGCUAUGUGUAAGCGGAAAUCCUGGAUGAGCAAGGUGUUUAGUGGAAAACGUCCUGAAUCUGAAUUCCAGCCUCAGCCAGGAGCAACAUUUCGCAAGCUACCAACUCCUCCACCACCGCCACCUGAAGGGAACCAGACUCUGACAUGUCUGAUCACUGAGAAAGAUCUAACACUUCAUGAGAAACUAGGUGAUGGGUCCUUUGGAGUUGUGAGGCGGGGUGAAUGGCAGUCGCCUUCUGGAAAAUUUAUGAAUGUGGCUGUGAAGUGCUUGAAAACCGAUGUAUUAAACCAACCUGACGCUCUUGAUGAUUUUAUACGAGAAGUCAAUGCCAUGCAUUCUCUUGACCACCUCAACCUUAUCCGCUUGUAUGGUGUUGUGCUCACCCACCCAAUGAAAAUGGUAACUGAACUGGCUCCACUUGGUUCUUUACUGGAUCGUUUGCGAAAAAACCAAAGUUACUUUCUCAUCUCAACAUUGUGCCAGUAUGCAAUACAGAUAGCAAACGGCAUGGCGUACCUUGAGUCCAAGCGCUUCAUUCACCGGGACCUAGCAGCCAGGAAUAUUCUGCUGGCCUCAAAUGAGUUAGUGAAAAUUGGUGAUUUUGGACUCAUGAGAGCUCUUCCACAGAAUGAUGAUCACUAUGUUAUGCAGGAGCAUCGCAAGGUUCCUUUUGCCUGGUGUGCCCCUGAAAGUCUGAAGACUCGGACAUUCUCACAUGCCAGCGAUACGUGGAUGUUUGGUGUCACUCUGUGGGAGAUGUAUACCUAUGGCCAGGAGCCAUGGAUAGGCCUCAAUGGAAGUCAGAUCUUGCACAAGAUUGACAAGGAGGGGGAGAGGUUGCAAAGACCUGAAGACUGCCCUCAGGAUAUUUACAAUGUGCUGCUGCAGUGCUGGGCGCACAAACCUGAUGAUCGACCCACAUUUGUGGCGCUCCGAGACUUUCUGAUUGAGGCCCAGCCCACAGACAUGCGAGCACUGCAAGACUUCAGUGAAGUGGACAAACUGCAGAUUCAGAUGAAUGAUGUUAUCACAGUCAUUGAGGGCAGGGCUGAAAAUUAUUGGUGGAGAGGUCAAAACAAGCGCACACUGAAGGUGGGACAGUUCCCACGAAACACAGUGACAUCCGUCGCAGGCCUUUCAGCCCAUGACAUCAGCCAUCCUCUCAAGAACAGCUUUAUUCACACGGGUCAUGGAGACACCAAACUUGAGCACUGCUGGGGCUUUCCUGACAAAAUAGAUGAACUGUACCUGGGCAAUCCCAUGGAUCCUCCGGAUGUCCUUGGACUUGAUAUGAAAGCGACCAGGCCCACCCAGCUACCAGGAAGAUCAAAAAAGGAGCCUCCUCCACGUCCUCCUCAACCAACCGUCUUUGGCAAGAGUAAGUUACGGCGUUUUCUCCAGUUUAAAAGGUGUUCCUGCCCACUCUGUUCCAUUUUAGCCCCUCUUUUCAAAGAGCCUGUCUAUGACCCUGUGAUUGAGGAGGAAGCUGCAGUCUCGUUACCUCCAAAAAAGCUCAGUCUGAAGAAACAGGGCCCAAUGAAGUCUUUAAAGCUCAACAAGCCCGCUGCUCGUGUUUUUGCCACAAAGUUGGGCGAGAAACCAUCAGACUGGAGUAAAUCUUCAGGCCUUACAAAUACUGAGGUGGCUCUGAUUGACUUUGGAGAUGAACAGACAAGUCAGACUCCAUCCCCAGUACUGGAGAACACUAUUCCUACACUGGCCAAGCUAGUAUUGGAUUCUUAUUCGCUACUGGACAAGACACCACCACAGAGUCCAACUAGAACUUUGCCCAGGCCUCUGCAUCCUGUCCCUAUUGUUGACUGGGAUUCCAAACCCCUGCCCCCACCUCCAGCCUAUGACGAUGUUGCUCAGGAUGAAGAUGAUUUUGAAGUCUCCUCCAUUAAUAGUUUAGAUACUGGAUUAAUUGAAGUAUCAAAAUAUGGAACUGUUCAGUUGCCAAGAAAUAGAGAAGCAGGAGAAACUAAUUAUGCAUUUGUACAUGACACAGAUGGCAAAGGAAAGUUCAAAGUGGAGGAUAAUUUGUUUCUACCACCCAGGCACAUGAAACAGACCAGCUUCUCUCAGUCAGCUGAGAUAUUUGAGGAACUUCAACAAGAAUGCAUGAAAAGACUUAAUGUCCCUAUUAUUUCAACACCAGCCUCCACACCAAGUCCCAUCUUGUCAGCAAGUGUAUCUCCAACCAUUUCUGAUGAUAAACCUCAGAUUCCACCACGGAUCCCCAUUCCUCCUCGACCUUUACGGAGAAAUGAGCUAGGUCGAUGGUCUGGUGAGAUGUCGCCUGCGUCUGGAGGUGAAGAGGACAAGCCUCCACAGCUUCCUCCCAGGGAUCCAAUGUCCCAGCCUUCAUCAAGAACUCCAAGCCCUAAGGCAAUUCCUGUUAGUUCUCCCCAACAAAGGACAACUGCAUCUUCAAUACCAACAUUAACUGUAGGUGCGUACCUGUCAACAUCUCCGAGCAAGUUAAUGCCCACCACUCAGAGUUUUGCUUCUGACCCAAAAUAUGCCUCACCCAAAGUCAUUCAAGCACAAGGAAAAGAUAAUGCAAAGGGACCUUGCAUUCUGCCAAUAGUAAAAGAUGGAAAGAAGGUUAGCAACACCCAUUAUUAUUUGCUCCCAGAGAGACCUUCUUAUCUGGACAAAUAUGAAAAAUUUUUCAAAGAGGCUGAGAGUAUGGAUGAACACUGUUCCAAAAAAACUGUGACCACAGCAACGGUGAGGCCUAUAGUGCAACAUCCUGAGUAUAAAGCUAACUUUUCAUCCAACAAUAGUAAUCCCGGGCCCUGUGUUGCAACAAUGAAAAGUUCUCAUAGUCUGCAAAAAAUGUCUUAUGAGAUUUCAAGUGGCAAGGCAGACAGUAUUACACCUUCGGACAAAAUUAAAAUAGUUCAGGAGAAUGUUCAUGGCGUUACGACGGAGGAAAGUCAGACUGCGCUUCAGAACCACACCUGGAACGUUCAAAAAGCCGUACAGUACCUCAAGAUUGAGCAAUUAUUCUGUUUGGGAUUGAAGACGAGAAGUGAAUGUCAGAAAAUUCUGGAAAUGUUUAACUGGAAUCUGGAAUUAGCCAGUUGCCACCUGCUAGACACUUACAGUACAGCUCGACACAGACGAUGAUUACCUUCUCAAUAGAAGAAAGAACUCAAGACAUUACUGGUGUUUUGUCCCAGUACCUUUCUUACCUUGCAGGGAUGGCAAAAUAUUCUACCUACAUAUUCCAGACAGCAUUUUCUCCAGAAUAAAAUUUUCGAAGCAAAGAAUAUCAAAUGACUGUCACUAACUCACUCUUGCACUACCUGUGCAUUGUGGUGCUACUGGGAAGUGGGAGUCAGCUUCUGAAUUGACAGUAUUCUUCAAAAGCAGCAGGUUAUUUGUUUUGUUCUUGGUGAAAAUAUUUGUAAUUUUAUAGCAUAAUCCAACAGUCUGCUGUAUAUAAAUAUAUAUAUAUAAAUAUAUAAUAUAAAUUUUACUUGACAACUUGUUGACAGUAGAUUACAGUUUUGUUUAUAUUUUUCAUUGAAUUUGUCAUAUUGGAUGUUCUAAUAAUUAUUUAAUUUGCUUUCCUAAAAGACAGUUGAAUGGUUCAGUUUAAUGUUCUAGAUUUCCUAUCAAGGUAAAGUUUAUCCAUCUUAGAUUCAUUCAGGAGAUGCAGUCUUUUAAAAGCCAUCGGCACUAGUUUACUGAAAGAAAGUUUGUAUUAAGCUAGUCGUGCUAAAUCUGUUAACGUAUUUCUCUUCUUCAUUAUGCUUAAUUGCCUCUUCCUCCUUGCUGCUGUGUUGAACAAACCUGUAAAUUGGAACAGUGGAUUUCAGACCUCUCAUAAUUACAGUACAGUUUUGGGUUUGUUCACUAUCCCCAUCAGUAGAAGGGCAACAGCCUGAAUUUUUCAGUUCAUAAUCUUAUGUUCUAUGGUUCCUCGAUAACUGUAAAUUCUCGGCUAAAUUCUAAUGACUUCGAUCAGUUCACUCGGUGCAGCAUUGGUGCUCCCUUAUGGCAGGAAAAGCCAGAGAUAUACCAGUAAAACUUGGCAGUCAGUGUGGAGAAGUCUGUACUGCACUUUACUGUCCUGCCCCCUGCCUCCCCCUCCAGCUCAAGAUACCAACAGAGCCUUGGAGAACAUUAGGGAGCGUAGAUUAAAUUUUGGAGGUAGUCGAUUUUAGCUGUAUUGCAAAUAAAGAGGGAAGUGAUAAUAUGACAAAAUCAUAAAUUCGGUUUAAUUAUGAAAAAUGAGUAGCUGCAUUAGGGGAGAAACCUGGCUCAAGUUGACAAACAUUAAUUAAAGAAAAUCAGAUCCAUAUGUAUUCUUUUUACUUAGGCAUAAUGUACCUUUUGUGGUGUUGCACAGGCACUCUAAUAUAAUGCAGAUCAAAUCUGCAUAACACUGAGCAAAACUUCUCUAGACUCCUCCCUGACUGUAAUACCUUUCAGUUUUAUUAAAUCAGUUACCCCACCUUCCAUACAGAUUAAGUGGUUUAUUGAAAUCAGUUUAUAGCUGCUUUGUUAUUAAAGGGCCGUGUUCUCAUUCUUGGUUUUCUGUUUGACCUUGAACUGAGUUUCUGAUUCCAUAUCACAAAGCCUCCCUACUUCCAGCUUUGUAACAUAGCCUGCUUCAGCCCUUCAGAUGCAGAAACGCUUAUCCAUGCUUUUAUUACCUCCAGGCUCGACUAUUUCAAUGCUUUCCUCUGGUCUUGCACCCUCCGUAAACUUUAGUUCAUUUUAAAACUUUGCUGCCUGUAGCAUGCUCUGCGCCAACUCUCAUUCACCCCUUCCCCUGUUCUCAAUGAUCUACAUCGACUUUCAGUCCUUCCUCCUUGUACCGUUGUGUUUCAAAGGAUUCCUUUCACUUAAUAGGCUGGCAAUCCUUUCUCCCUGCCCUUGGUUUAAUUUCAGUCUAAAAUUGAAAAAGUGGCCUUGUACCACAAAUCCAAAUUGUGAUUAGUGCUGAGCAAAACAUCUUGGCAACCUUUAUAAAUGUCAAAAGGCAAUUGUUCCAGUGUGAAAUUUUCCUGAUGUUUAAAUUUGUUAUCAGUCUAGUUCACAAGUGUGCAUUGCAGGUGCAGCGUAACUAGUUUAUAAACUUAGGAUCUUCACCCUUCAGAAACUAUAAAAACAAUUUAGCUUGUAGAUCAAUAGUUCCUGUUUUUAACAUAGUGCAGGUAGAAAGUUGGGUGGCCCAGUUCAGUUGCUUUUUUAAGGUGUGCUGUUGUCUAGCUGAGACACAGGGUGGACUAGAAACAAACUUCUGCUGAGUUUAUAUUCCAAAUCUAGCUCCAUCCUCAAGCAGGAGGGUGGAGGAGCGAUGUUUUAAUCCCGCUACAGUUUGCCCUUUAAUUGGGAGAGCAGAUUGAGCAAUGUAGAUUUCAGCCCAGAAACUCAACUCAAUCUAAUUUGCAUAUUCUGCAAGCAUGAAUAAACCUAUAUUAUAGUUUGUGUUGACGAUGUGAAACUAACCAUGUAGAGCCUGUUAGAAUUAAGGAUUCAAGCUGUGAACUGUGUGGCAUUCUGUUCUUCUUGAGAACACCAAAACAUUUCUGUAUUGGAAUCAAAACUAGAGCAAGCUUAUAGCCUUUUAUAUUCUAAGAUAAAGUUAAUUAAAAUAUGUUCUACAGUUCUGCAUGUUUUGAUAAUUCUACCUCUUAGUAGAAUUACCUCAUGCUUCUUGUUGCCGUUAACAACGUGCAGCAAGUCAUUUUUCUAACUAUUCUGUGAAAAGAAAGCUACAUUUUGAAAGUGGGAAAAGGUCUUGCCUUGUUCAAAGGGUUACUAAAUCAGGACAAAGGAUGGCUGAGGAAUCAAUAUUUGCUUCAUUUACUAAUUAAUCUUCAAUUGUGUAGAAGUGAUUCCACAGUCCCGGCAAGGUACCAUGACCAAAGGCAGUGUGGAUCAGCGAAUCGGGUCAAGACAUCACACAGGCACCCCUUAUAAUGCUUUCCCUACCAUCAAUUUCCCAUUUGGUGGUCCCUGUCAUUGCACUUCUUGCUCCAUCCCAGGAGGUCAGGGCAGGACAGUUCUUGAUCUCUAACUUUUUUUGUCACAAUCACAAGUAUUUUUGGCUAAUCAAAUAACCACCCACCCCAGAUUAAAUAGUCUCCUGCACAGUAUAGUGCCUGUUUGAGAACUUAAAAAAAAUCAAAUCGACCAAGUUUGUUUGCAUUCUGCAAUUAAAGUCUUUGACUGUCAGCACAAUAAUGCCAGAGCUUCUAAAAUACCCUCCUCUGUGUCCAGAUUUAAGACUUCUUACCCAACAGUCUAAGUAGUGUGAAUGAGCAUAUGCACUUCAAUGAGUUUUAUUCCUCCCCCCCAAUUAAGCUGGACCUGAUAAUACCCAACAGAAGUGGCACUGGAAAAUGAUAGCAUUGGUCAGCUCUGGGCCUAAAAACUGCUACCGAGUGUCAUGAUCAGAAGAGUGCUGAAUCAUUUGGGAAAUGACCUAUGUAAAUGAGUUACAGAGAAACUGUUACUGUAAUGAACUCGGAAUGGGUUUUAAAGCAGAAAAACCAGCAAAGACGAAAUUUAGUAACAUGGUGUAUAGAUGUUGUGUUGGUGCCGGGAUUUCUGAGAAACUGAAUACUGCACAUUUGUAUAAAGUUUAUUUUUCAAUCUGUUUUGUAGAAGCUUGGUUGUUGCAUGUCUUGUGAUCAACAUUGCUUGGAUUGCAACAUUGUCAUAAUGCUACAUUUGAGAAAAAAAUGUUAGUGUUAACUCAGGUCUUGUUGGAUCCUUGCAAAAAAGAACUUGUGUACACAGUACUGAAACCUGAGGUAAUUCCCUCUGUAAUAUAAGAACUGUUUUGAUGUUAUCCUUUGAAUUCCUUGAAUAUUUGUAAAGACAGUACGAUUAAUGAUCGAUCGGUCUGUACAAUUUCACUGUAGCAUCCAUCAAAAUGAAACUAACGCUCACAAUUAAGAAGAGGGCAUUAGUGCAUUGCUGCUAUGUUUCUCCCAUUCCACUUUCUCUUUGGAUUGCAUUUUUCACUGGUGUUUAAGGAGCAUUUUCUUGAAAAAAAGGGUACAAUUGGCCAUGUUGGACAUGAUACCGACACCCAGACAGCAGUAAUAAAUAUAAUCAUAUAACAAUACCUAUAACGUUCGUAUAGAAAUACAAAACUUUCCUUGUAUAGGCACUGGUAUUUCAACAAUAAAAGUGCUAAUGGUAUUGCUAUGGCUUUCCCCUUACCCAGUACUGAUGAUGGAAUAUCAACCAUAUCAGGAACCAUCAGGAGAAAGUGAUGUGUGCAGGGAAGGGGAGAAAAUAAUUUAUUGCUGCAGAGCAAAACCGUUCAUUUGCUUUAGCUGGUCCAAAGAAUUUAUAAUAUGGCGAGAAACACAAUAGCAUGUUGAAAGCAUUGUACAAAUUGUGUUGUUUUCAUAAAAUAAAAAGUUACAUUUAUUUCUGAAAUAAA